AUGACAUCGGAACACGGUGACGAUGGGCUUCGUCGCCGAGGCUGCUCAUGCACGAAAGACGAUUUUCUCCCGGAGGAAUCGUUCAAAAGCUUUGGGAGUUACUUUACAGCCCUCAAAGAGACACCGGCUCGGUUCGUGGAUAGGGUGAUGACUCGGUCGGUCGACUCGGCGGAGAUUCACGAGAUGAAGGCUCGUAGUGGUAACGAGAUGAAGAAAACGCUGACGUGGUGGGAUCUCAUGUGGUUCGGAAUCGGUGCUGUCAUCGGCUCCGGAAUAUUCGUUCUCACCGGACUCGAGGCACGGACCCAUGCCGGUCCCGCCGUCGUUCUCUCCUACGUCAUCUCCGGUGUAUCCGCCAUGCUCUCCGUCUUCUGUUACACCGAGUUCGCCGUCGAAAUUCCCGUCGCAGGCGGUUCUUUCGCCUACUUGAGAGUGGAGCUUGGUGACUUCAUGGCAUUCAUAGCCGCCGGAAACAUUAUCCUUGAAUACAUCGUCGGUGGAGCCGCGGUGGCUCGGUCAUGGACAUCUUACUUCGCCACUCUCUUGAACCAUAAACCUGACGACUUCCGUAUAAAAGCUCACCAUCUCAACGAAGACUAUAGCCACUUAGAUCCAAUAGCGGUCGGCGUUUGCGCCAUCAUUGGCAUUUUAGCCGUCCGUGGCACAAAAGGCUCCUCAGUCUUCAACUACAUCGCGAGUAUAAUCCACAUGGUCGUGAUUCUCUUUGUUAUCGUCGCUGGACUUACCAAAGCUGAUCUCAAAAACUAUUCCGAUUUCAAUCCCAACGGCGCUAGAGGAAUUUUUAAGUCCGCCUCUGUUCUUUUCUUUGCGUACAUUGGUUUCGAUGCGGUCUCCACGAUGGCUGAAGAGACCAAGAAUCCUGGGAAGAAUAUUCCGAUUGGUCUUGUUGGAUCGAUGGUCGUUACUACCAUAUGUUAUUGUCUCAUGGCGGUUACGUUGUGUCUUAUGCAACCGUAUCAAGAGAUUGAUCCUGACGCGCCGUUUUCUGUUGCGUUUUCCGCGGUUGGAUGGGAUUGGGCUAAGUACCUUGUUGCGUUUGGUGCUCUUAAAGGUAUGACCACAGUUUUGUUAGUUGGAGCCAUUGGUCAAGCUAGGUACAUGACGCACAUAGCCAGGGCACACAUGAUGCCACCAUGGUUAGCUCAAGUCAACGCAAAGACCGGAACACCAAUCAACGCGACAGUGGUAAUGCUGGUAGCGACAGCUCUCAUCGCAUUCUUUACAAAACUUGGGAUUUUAGCCGAUCUCUUGUCCGUUUCCACACUCUUCAUCUUCAUGUUGGUGGCAGUAGCUCUUCUCGUGAGAAGGUAUUACGUCACGGGAGAAACAUCGACACGUGACCGGAACAAGUUUCUAGUGUUGUUAGGUUUGAUUCUCGCGUCCUCCGCCGCGACUGCUAUGUAUUGGGCCUUGGAGAAAGACGGUUGGAUUGGGUAUUGCGUCACGGCUCCUAUAUGGUUUUUGUCUACGGUAGGGUUGAAGUUUCUUGUGCCACAAGCUAGGGCUCCGAAACUGUGGGGUGUUCCUUUGGUUCCGUGGUUGCCCUCUGCUUCGAUCGCGAUUAAUAUCUUUCUCAUGGGUUCGAUCGAUAAAGAUUCGUACAUUAGGUUUGCGUUGUGGACAGGUUUUCUUCUUGUGUACUACUUCUUGUUUGGGCUGCACGCAACGUACGAUACAGCGCAGGCGACGUUGAAGGAGAAGUUGACGUUGCAGAAAGCCGAGGAAGGUGGUGCUGUUGCAGACAAAACUGAUGCUGCAAAUUCAGAUCACUAG